AUGUUUGGAGCUCAUGUGACUGCUCCUGUUAACAGUCCCCAUCUACGGAAGUCUGGAAGUAGACAACUGUUUUCGGACCUUGAGUCAAGUGAAAUGAAGGGUGCAAGCAGCACACCAUUGUCAACUGCUGCUAUGUUACCAUCUCCUGUUUUGCUCUGGAGGCUUAAGGUGAUGCUGUUCUUUUUAUGGGGAUUCAGCUGUUGCAAGAUUGGAUGGGAUUCUGUGAUGAGGAUGAGUUUGGACCUUCGAGAUCUUUUUCUUUAUGAGGCAUUUCUGUAUUAUAAUCCUCUUCUUCUUGUGACAGCUGCUGUUUGGUUUUGGGGUGCAAACUUAUGGGUUUUUGCUCAGUCUAAUGUUAAUUAUUCCAAGAUUUUUGACCUUGAUCAGAAUCAUCUCACUUAUAAAGAAAUAUGGAAGUGUGCCACAUGGAUGACAAUCAUUGUUCCAACAAGCAUGACUUCAUAUCUUUAUUUAUAUUCUCAUGGAGAAGUCUCAUGGGCUGCAUCUCAACCAGUACUUUUGUAUACAGCUGUUGCAAUUAUCCUGAUAUUCCCUUUCGAUAUAUUUUAUUUGUCAUCACGUUUCUUUUUAUUAAAGACACUUUGGAGAAUAGUCUUCCCAUAUCAGGCAAUAGCAUUUGCUGAUUUUUUCGUGGCUGAUAUAUUGACAUCUAUGUCAAAGGUUGCUUCAGAUUUGGAACGUUCUGUUUGUAGAAUGGUUCACAAGCAGGUUGCAACAAUUGCAUGGUUUGAAGCUGAUUCAGUCUGUGGGAGUCAUGCUAUUGCUAUCCCAAUUGUUCUUGUAUUGCCUUACAUUUUUCGUCUCUUUCAAUGCUUACGCCAAUACAAGGAUAACAGAGAAAAAACUUCUCUACUAAAUGCAUUGAAGUAUUCGACAGCUGUCCCUGUGAUUUUUCUUUCUGCAUUGAAGUAUCACGUGUUCCCUGACAGCUGGACCAACUUCUACCGCCCUCUCUGGCUACUCUCUGGCGUUGUGAAUUCCCUGUACUCAUUUUACUGGGACGUCACACGAGAUUGGGAUCUAAGCUGCUUUACUCGGAUCUUCAAGUUCACCAAACCUCAUAUUGUCUCACAAAUUAUUUAUGGACAAAAAUGGGUGUAUUUUUGGGUGAUUGGAAGCAAUUUGAUCCUACGGUGUACGUGGACUUACAAGCUAUCCGCGCAUCUUCGCCAUAAUCAUCUCACGGUUUUUGCAAUCACAACAUUGGAGAUUUUCAGAAGAUUCCAAUGGGCUUUUUUUCGUGUAGAAAACGAAUGGAAUAAAAUGAAUUCUUCCAAACAAAACAUUCAAAUGGGUGAUGUUUCGGGUGAAGAAGAAAAACUACUUAGCUUAAACAAUCACAAUGUAUAGACAUAUUUGCCAUCGUAUGAUUAUGAUCCAACAUUUGAGUUGUCUUUUUUCUUUAUUUUUACACUUAAUUGGUAAACUUUUGUUUGUAUUUUUGAUUUUGUUGUGUUGUUAGUGAGGGUAGAUGAUUUUUAUAGCUCUUAUAGUGAAAGUUGUUUUGAAUAUUCUAGCUUUCGUUUACUAUUGUUUUCAUGGUAAUCUUUGAAUUGGGAGUGGCUAGCCUUUUUGAGUUCAGGAUUUGCAUAAGGGCAAUUUGCAGAACAAUAAUGUGGUUAGGUAUAUUUUUUGAAAUCUAUAAUAACAAUGUCGCUAAUUGUGC